GAUCCGGGUCCGUGGACGGCCGUGUGGAUUCCCCACGACAAGGUGCAGCCGUUCGCUCAGCCGGAGCCUGUCACGAUUUCCGAGAAGGCCGGAGUCAAGUUCAAACCGCAAAUUCGCAUCAUAAAUGGAUGCCACCCGUACCCUGCGGUGAACGAAGCCGGAGAGACGAGUGGAGGUCUCAAAACUACAGGCGGCCACAAUUCAAAGAGCAAGCGAUCUGGCUGGAACUCGCAAGUGUACGGUCGCUCCACGUGGUUCCGAGGCGUCUGGGCCAUCAUGUACUCGUGGUAUUUCCCCAAGGACUCGCCUUCCCAUGGUCUGGGCCACCGCCACGACUGGGAGCACGUCAUUGUGUGGAUCGACAACCCGGACGCGUCCGAGCCAAAGAUCUUGGCGGUGACCCCGUCAGCUCACGGUGACUACCAGAAGUAUGCCCCUCCGAACGCUAACACCGUGGAUGGUACAAGUGCAAAGGUGGUCUACGAGAGCCACUGGCCGAUGAACCACGAGUUGAGUGUGACGUCAGAUAGUGGGGAGUUCCAAGACUUGAUCAUGUGGAGCCAGAUGUCGGAGAACGCUCGCCGCGCAUUUAACUCGGUCAGUUUUGGGAAAGCCAACACGCCCAUGAACGACUGGGGCUUCGAGGACAGACUGGGGAAAGCGUGGCCUUUC